AUGGAGUUUGACCCAAGGGUGAUACGUCAUUUAUUGGCGAAUUAUGGUGCGAGUGUGAAUCGCUCCGAUUAUUACAGCAUUUGCGUAGAUUACUCUGGUCAUCAUGGCGCUAGCAUCAAUUGCUCUGAUCGAGCAGUUGACUUGGGUGGUAACUACCCUCAUCAAUAUUUGGUUUUAGUUUCCUUUGAACUUAUGCUAGAUGUACUCGACCCCGUCCGAUCCAUCGCUGAUCGGGACCCUACCCAGCGCAAACUCUUCAUUCGCGGCCUUGGAUGGGACACUACCAUCAAGAACCUCCGCAAUCUCUUCUUCACCUACGGUGACCUUGAAGAAUCCAUUGCGAUCCUUGGCAAGGUCACUAGGAAAAGUAAAGGGUACGAGUUUAUUGCAUUCAAGCACGUCAAUGGUGCUUUGCUCGUGUUGAAGAAGUCAAGUAAGAAAAUUGACGGACGAAUAACCGAGACCCAGCUUACAAUAUUGGGAAAUUUCAUAUCUAAUGCGAAUCCGGCUACAAUUGAUGUUUCUAUGCGCAAGAUUUACAUAGCCAACGUGCAUAUUCUCAAGGUAUGA